AUGAGCAGCUUACCAAGAAACAACAGCUACACAGCCAAAGGUCCUCUCGCAUUCAUUCCAUCGUGGACUCUCCCCGUGGAUGAUUUUCCGCAUGAACCGCUAUACCUGACGUCUACCGGAGCUCUCGAGGCCUUUUCCCUUGGCGUCGAGCUGCGAAAGCGGUACAGAUUUACUGCAGGUGGAGGCAACAUCACAAUUUGGUCUGCAGGUCAACAACGCGUAGUAGACACUGCGACAUUCUUUGGGCGAGGUUACCUCUCCCAAGGGAACUAUCUCACCCAGCCAUCCUCCAACCGGGCACAUGUAUUCGUCUUGCCGGAUUCGGUUAACUAUACUUUCGCGAAUUCGCUCACACCCUCAUCCGGAUGUCCGUUGUACCCCACCGGAGAUACCUCCGCCGUUGCAGGCACUUUUCGCGCCGCAUAUCAAGGCCAAAUCGCUGCCCGCCUGAACAAGUUUUUGGAGGGGUUGACUUUGACUGCUUCUGAUAUUGGUGUUAUGCAAGACUUGUGUGGGUUCCAAACGGAGAUCGAUGGCGACUCGCGUUUUUGUGAUGUUUUCGAAGAAGACGAGUGGCUCUUGUACGAAUACGCUCACGACCUCAACUAUUAUUAUGGCUCCGGUCCCGGAAACCCGUUUUCAGCGACCGUAGGAUUCCCUUGGGUCAAGGCAAUCUCGGAUCUGUUCACUCUCGGCCCGGGACAAACAACACCGGGUGGAAACAUUACGCCUCCUCCUCUGAUUAUGGGAUUCACUCACGACAACAAUCUCCCACCUAUCAUCUCUGCCCUCGGGCUUUGGAACUCUUCAACGCCUGGGGUUUAUCCUCUCUCACACACAACUCCAAACCCACUGCGCAAAUUCCGUGCAUCAUAUCUUGUCGCAUUCCGUGGCUAUGUCGCACUCGAACGGCUCGCCUGUUCUCCCACUCAGGACAUCACGGAAGUCAACCACAUAGCCGGUGCUUCACCGCAAAAUAUAUCGACGAGGGCCUUUGUUCGUAUUCGCGUUAAUAAUGCCCCUGUUGCGAUUCCUGGGUGCGCAACUGGCCCAGGAUCGACUUGUCCGCUCGACCAUUUCACGACCUAUAUUCACAAGACUCGUGCAGACGUAGCGGGCGACUUUGUAGAACGUUGUGGGCUGAAGGCUAUAGCGAACGCAACAGGGGAAAUGGCGUUCCUCACUACAUCCCCACCAAACAUCCAAGAGGACAUCGUUGGAUUAAAUUAG